AUGGGAGUGGAAGGGAGCUCUCUGCCGCUGAAAUGCAUGCAAACCGGAAGGGAAACCGAGCUCGAGGGACCGGAUAUCGGAGCGGAAUUGGCACCCGCCCUCUCGCGACCAGAGGUAAGCCAGGCGGCUAUUAAUCCUGCCCGAGUGUCUUCUGGAACCCGUGGCCUGGGCGGGCGCGAGGUGGGCGUGGGCGCCUUCUCGCUGACGCGGGCGCUGCGCAACGCCUCCAACAGCGACGACGGCCUGGGCAUCGUGGGCUCGGCGCUGCACCUGGCCGCGGGCGUGGGCGCCGACGGGCUCACGUGCCCCUUCUGCGGGCGGCGCAGCAAGCGGCGCGACCACCUGCGGCUGCACAUCCGCACGCACACCGGCGAGAAGCCGUACCGCUGCCCCUACUGCGACCGCCGCACCAACCAGAAGAACAACCUUAAGCUGCACAUCAGGAACGUGCAUCCCGGGCAGCCGGCUGACUUCUGA